AAAAUGAGGAACCAGGUUCGUGGAAUAGGAGUGUCUCACUCCUUUCCUCUAGCAACUCAGACGAAAGAAACAUUGGCAAGAAGGUUGCCAGCUGGUUGUGGGGUGAGGCCCGUGUCUGCUUCUGCACCUUUAACUGCACUUUGCAUAAGAACGUACGAACAGCCCUGCUGGAUCAGGCCCAAGAAGGCCCAUCUCGCCCAGCAUCCUGUUUCGCACAGUGGCCCACCAGAUGCCUCCGGAAGCCACAGGCAGGAGUUUGAUCUGCACAAACCGGUGUGGAAUAUUGACGGGAUCAGCAGCUUUUAAAGGGCCAGUCUGAAUGCUGGGAGACCUUGGAAGCAGAAAGACAAGCUCAGGCCUUUCCCCUCUUAAUUUAAACCCCACCUAAGCUUCCUCUGAUUGGCCAGCAGCCCUGCGGUGUCUCCACCAAGGAAGUAAUUUCGUAACAUCUGAGCUGCACUGGGGUGUACGAGAAAAGAAAACCUGAAAUUUGAACUGGGAGACAUGGUGGAUUCUAUGGCAUGAAGCGCAGGUCCAUGUCCCGCAGACUGCAAAUCGGUGUUGCCGUGGCAUGCUUAGGAGAUCUGGACUGUCUUUGGGACAGGAACUUUUGAGAAAGAGUAAUCUGACUGGUGUCUGCUGGUUCCACACAAAGGCAAAGAUGUCCAGGAUGGUUCCAGCGCGAAGGCUAGAGGGCAUGGACAAGAAUAUUUGGGUGGAAUUUGUGAAGCUGGCGGCCACCUACGGGACGGUGAAUCUUGGUCAAGGCUUUCCCAACUACCCUCCGCCCGACUUUGCCAAGGAAGCCUUCGUGGAGGCCGUGGGUGGAGAGGACACUUCGUUGCACCAGUAUACCCGGGCUUUUGGCCAUCCACCUCUGGUGAAGAUCCUGGCCCGCUUUUUUGGGAAGCUGCUUGGACAAGACCUGGAUCCUAUGACGAACGUGCUGAUAACUGUGGGGGCUUAUGAAGCUCUCUACUGCUGCUUCCAGGCUAUGGUGGAUGAUGGAGAUGAGGUGAUUAUAAUCGAGCCGUUCUUCGACUGCUAUGAGCCAAUGGUGAAGAUGGCCGGUGGGACGCCUGUGUUCAUACCUCUGCGGCCGAAAGCUGUGAAAAGCGGGAAGCUGAUGUCCAGCCGGGACUGGCAACUGGAUCCUGCAGAACUGGAGGCCAAGUUCAGCCAGCGGACCAAAGCCCUUGUUCUGAACACUCCCAACAAUCCUCUGGGGAAGGUCUUCAGCAGGGAGGAGCUGGAGCUCAUCGCAGAACUGUGCGUGAAGCAUGACGUCCUCUGCUUCAGCGACGAGGUGUAUGAAUGGCUGGUCUACGACGGCAGGGAGCACAUCCGGAUUGCCAGUUUACCAGGAAUGUGGGAGCGGACCGUGACCAUCGGGAGUUCUGGAAAAACCUUCAGCGCCACAGGAUGGAAGGUUGGCUGGACGAUAGGGCCCGAUGGCCUUUUGAAGCACCUCAGGACAGUCCAUCAGAACUCAGUCUAUCAUUGUGCAACAGCAGCUCAGGAAGCGGUGGCCCGUGCGCUGGAGAGAGAGUUGGGACACUUUGGCGCGCCAGAGAGCUAUUUUGUGCAGCUGCCGCGGGAGCUACAGCGGAAGCGGGACCUGCUGAUCCGGAGCUUGGUGGCUGUAGGCAUGGAGCCGGUUGUUCCCGAGGGCACCUACUUCUUAAUUGCAGACUUCUCUGCGUUCAAAACGGAGCUACCUGAACUGCCAGAGUCUGAGGAGCCCUGCGAUUCUCAGUUUGCAAAGUGGAUGAUUAAGCACAAGCACUUAGCAGCCAUCCCAGUCUCUGCCUUUUAUAGCGCUCCCCAGAAGAAGAACUUUGACCACUUCAUCAGAUUCUGCUUCGCAAAGGAGGAUUCGACUCUGAAAGCCGCCGAUGACAUAUUGCAGCAGUGGAGCCGGGAGAAAGCAGGCCAGUGAGAAAGAGACCCCAUUGGAGCAGUCCCCCGGAUUUGGGCUACCGGCCAAAGCAGGGAAGAGGCUGUUGGUGCUCCUGAGCGGCUUUGCGGGAGGUCAUCGAUGACUCUGUCUCCUUGACACACUGUGGAGAGGGGCCGGAAAAGCAAUAUUGAUCCCCAGGGACCGCCAGCUUGUAAACGGCGGCGGCCCAUCUCUGGCUGUUGGGGCCGUUUUUCUGUUUCACGGGCUUGGUGGAGCUCUUGUGCAAGUUUACCCCAGUAUGCAUCGUUUCUUUUUCGUUUUCACUUCCUGGGAGGGUAACUCUGUAUUACUUUUGAUUUGGGUUUUCAGCCAUAAAGCCAGAUAUCCAGUUGAGUGGGUGGAGGGGGGCAUGCUCCCUACAACAGGGAUUCCCAGAUAUUGUGGACUACGACUCCCAUCAUCCCCAACUGCAGUGGCUUUUGGCAGGGGAUGAUGGGAGCUGUAGUCCACAAUAUCUGGGAAUUCCUGUUAGAGGUGGGGGUGGCUUCCCUAAUGCAAGACACUUGAAGCAGCAUCUUAAUAUAUGGCAGUUCCAAGACUGUGAUUGCGGGAGGUCUGCUGAGACCAGCUACAGCCGGGUUUUAUCGUGCUAGCUGUGCGGGUGGGUGAGUUAUGAGGCCAUUCUGAGGCCAUGUCAUUUUUCUCCUGGGAACGGUAGUCUCUCAUUGGGUCUCUGUUGCAGAGGGGUGGGAGUAUCUCUUGCACGGUAUCUCACUGUCUGGCCCCAAAGGGUAGGAGUCGCACUGUGAAUCGUCUGAUAAACUGCACUACAAAUCAGGAACCGUCAAGGCAACUGUCGCAUUGAUGGCCAAUAAAGGAAAAUUGUGCAUAAA